AUGAAGGCAGUGCCGCAGGGCAGGAGAGGACCCACCGCCCACCCAUCCGGCAUCAUCGUCUGCUACACCAGCCUGCUCCAGUGCCCCACUACACCAGUGCCAGGUCCCUCGCCAGACGUCUCAGUCAGAGCCUUAGCCGGCGUGUGGGCGAGGAGCUUUGCAGAGAGUGCUUUACGCGGGGAGGCUGCUUUCCUAAAACACCCGGAUGGCAGCGGAGCCCCAUCUAUUUUCUCCACUGACUGUCGCGGCACCUGUCGCCGCCAGUCACACACAGAGGUCGGGGCUUCAGAGACCGGAGAGACGACAGAGACUUCGCCGUGCGUCUGUCGGAACCGGACCACCAUGACACGAGCCCUUCUCGGACUGGCCUCCUUGUUUUUGCUGGUGCUCCUUUCGUCAGAGUGCCUGGGCAGAAAUGAGGAGGAGCGUUUGAUUAACCACUUGAUUAAGGAGCGAGGCUACAACAAGGAGCUCCGUCCCGUCAAGAACCAGAAGGAACCGGUGAAGGUGUACCUGUCCCUCACGCUCUCCAAUCUCAUCUCCCUGAAAGAGGUGGACGAGACGCUGCUGACAAACGUAUGGAUCGAUCAUACUUGGACCGACUACAGGCUGGCAUGGGACAUGGAGGAAUUCGAUAACAUCUCGAUGCUGCGCCUCCCUCCAAGCAUGGUGUGGCUGCCGGAGAUUGUUCUGGAAAACAAUAAUGACGCCCAGUUCCAGGUGGCUUACUACAGCAAUGUCCUGGUUGACCCAGAUGGGCUGGUGUACUGGCUUCCUCCUGCCAUCUUCCGCUCCUCUUGUUCAAUCAACGUCAACUACUUCCCCUUCGACUGGCAGAACUGCACCCUCAAAUUCACCUCUUUGACCUACAAUGCCAAAGAAAUCACUAUGCUCCUAAAGGAGGACGCAAAUGAGACACAUGCAUGGACAGUGGAGUGGAUCAUCAUUGACCCCGCUAGCUGGACAGAGAACGGCGAGUGGGAGAUCAACCACAGGCCGGCCAAGCGAAACAUCCACAAGCACAUUCUCCCGGAGAGCAACAAGCACCAGGACAUAACCUUCUACCUCAUCAUCAAGCGCAAGCCUCUGUUUUACAUCGUCAACAUCAUCAUCCCCUGUGUGCUCAUCUCCUUCCUGGCCUCGCUGGUGUACUACCUGCCCGCUGACAGUGGGGAGAAGAUGACCCUGUCUAUCUCAGUGCUUCUGGCUCAGUCUGUCUUCCUGCUGCUGAUUUCUCAAAGACUGCCAGAAACGUCGAUGUCCAUACCGCUCUUCGUCAAGUAUCUGAUGUUUAUCAUGGUGUUGGUGACAGUGGUGGUGCUCAACUGUGUAGUUGUCCUCAACCUCCACUUCAGGACUCCUAGUACUCAUCUUAUGACGGAGUGGACCAAGGAGUUCUUCCUGGAGCGGUUACCCAACUUCCUGCGCAUGUCCCGCCCUGAAGACUCGGAGCCUCACUGGGACAGGGCGUUGCCACGGCGGUCCAGCUCAGUGGGCUACAUCGCCCAGGCGGAGGAGUACUACAGCGUCAAGUCACGCAGCGAGAUGAUGUUCGAGAAACAGUCGGAAAGACACGGGCUGACCGCCCGGGUUACACCCGCUGCCGCGAUAAAGCCCCAGGUCGAUGGAGAGGCAACAGAGCAGCUGUAUUCUGAGAUCAAGCCAGCUGUUGACGGAGCAAACUACAUCAUCAAACACAUGCACAACAAGAACGACUACAACGAGGAGAAGGACAACUGGAGUGGUAUCGCUCGCACCGUGGACCGUCUGUGUCUCUUCCUGGUCACCCCCGUCAUGACCUUUGGCACCAUCAUCAUCUUCCUCAUGGGCAUCUGCAACCACCCCCCUGCCCUUCCCUUCCAGGGAGACCCCCACGAUUACACUGAAUUCAGCCAGCGCAUGCUACGCCAAACCUGACGAGGACACUCGCACUCUCACACUCAGGCAUGCGGGGUCGCAUGUGUGCCCGCAUGAACGCACAUACAACUGUUGUACAAUCACGUGCACGAGCACACACCUGCACCACACUCACAUGCACACUCGUAGCUUGUACAAGCGCCCCCACACACAUGGUUUAGCCAGGCGCCCAAGCACAGAGACACACACACAUACAUGCACAUAGAGACACAUGUGCCUGUUUGAAACCAGCGCACAACUGAUGUGUGAUCACAUGUACAGGUACACAGACACACAAACACCCACUCAGACGUGCACUUAAGACAGCCAAGAUGCACACGUGUACAAGAGCACACUUCAAGAUACACAAACACCUCAAAUAAAUGUACACUCGCAGCUGCGUGCGCACACACACACACAAUAUACACACACACACACAGGGUCAUAUCCAACUGCCUCUCGUGAAAGCUUGCCGUGUUAUACUUUUGCUGUUUAACAAUGUGUAUUUUUAGAUGCGUGUGUGUUUUUCUCUCUGGACUACAACAGGUGUUGAGACUUAUUAAUGAUUUGUGUAGUGCUGGGAUGUACCUGUGUGUUCUGGCUGAACCCAGCAUAUUUUAUCUAAACGUGGUUAGGAUGGAUUAAGUUGGUUAGGUUAGGAGUGAUUUGUUGUUAAAGACAAACUGAAAUGAA